UUCCCCUCCCUCUGUCGUUCUCUUCUUCACUACACUCAGCACCACUACCACCAAAACACCUUCAGCAGUUUGUUGCCUUGGUCACUUCUAGUUGUGCUCUCUCUCUCUCUCUCUCUCUCUUUUCAAUUCUCAUCUCUUACUGUUAUUUGUUAAGAAGCUUCAAAAGUUGAACUUUGUUCACCUGGUUAAGUAUUAGCUCCCCAAGAUGGGCCGAUCUCCUUGCUGUGAGAAAGUGGGUUUGAAGAAAGGGCCAUGGACACCUGAAGAAGACCAGAAACUCUUGGCUUACAUUGAAGAACACGGCCAUGGAAGCUGGCGAGCCUUGCCGGCCAAAGCUGGGCUGCAGAGGUGUGGGAAGAGCUGUAGACUGAGAUGGACUAACUACCUUAGACCUGAUAUAAAGAGAGGGAAGUUCAGUUUACAGGAAGAACAGACCAUCAUUCAACUCCAUGCACUUCUAGGGAACAGAUGGUCGGCCAUAGCAACUCACUUGCCCAAGAGAACAGACAAUGAGAUAAAGAACUACUGGAACACUCAUCUCAAGAAACGGCUCGCGAAGAUGGGAAUCGAUCCCGUGACCCACAAACCCAAGAGCGAUGCACUUAGCUCUGUCGACGGCCAAUCCAAGACCGCCGCAAAUCUAAGCCACAUGGCUCAGUGGGAGAGUGCUCGACUAGAAGCCGAAGCUCGAUUGGUCAGGGAGUCCAAGUUGCGGUGCAUUUCCGUCCAACAAGUCCAAAGCCUGCCUCAGGUGGGUUCCGUUCUUAACAAAACAGCAGAAGCUCCACCGGGUCCACCGGCGGCGCCGCUGUGUUUGGAUGUGCUCAAGGCUUGGCAAGGAGCAUGGUCAAAGUCAACGAAAGGUUGUUUCGUUGCCGACGGCAACGGUCCUGAUCUCGAGUCCCCGACGUCUACAUUAAGCUUCUCUGAGAACCCACUGCCGAUUCAUACCGUCGGGUUCGGGGAUAACCCGAGCAAUGCGAUGGAGUACUACGGCAACGAAGGUGGGUCUGAGAUGGUGAAGGAAGAAAGUGAAGAAGAGUGGAAGAAAGGCUCCAAGGAUAGGAUGGAGAGCUCCAUGACGUUCGCCACUACCAUCACCACCGGUAUCCAAGAUGUCAUCUUCCCCGUCGAGACACCCUGGUUACCGGAAUCUGGGAGGGCAGAAAACGGACACGUUGCCGUUUCAAAUUUCAUGGAUGGUUUCAUGGAUCUUCUUCUAAGUAACCCUGACGACGAUCUUAACGAGACAGACAGAGGUGGAGAUUCUGAUAAUGGAGACGGUGGCAGGGAAGUAUUCAGCUACGAAAAGAACAAGAAUUACUGGAACAAUAUACUGAACUUGGUAAACUCUUCCCCGUCUGGUUCGCCGCUUUUCUAGAAUCGCCGUCACCGGAGAAGUAACUAAGAAUGGUCAACCAAUGUUAACAGCCAAAAUUGCGAUUCAAAAUCGAAAAUAGUAUCUGGGUUUUAACUUUCAAAAGGAAAGAUCCUUCAAUCCAUUUCCAAGGAGACACAGUUCGUGAGAUUAGGCAACGUAUUCGAGUAAAAGUGUAAUUGUGUCUGGGCUCUAGCCUCUCUCUCUCUCUCUCUCUCUGUGAAACGGGUACUCGGAUCGGACACCCUAUAAGAGAAGAAAAGGGAAACCCAAAUACCGUCUAAGGCUUUUUAACUUCGGAGAUUGGAAUCUAAUCUUUGUUUCUUCUUCUGAA